UGUGGGCUGCGACCAGUGGCUCUUAGUAAUGCUAUUUAGGAGCAUAGCUGAAUUCUGAGGCUCAGAGUGUUUUAGUGUGGUUAUUGAAGGAGUUCGCGCAAAUUUCAUUUCCUCUCAGUCUUUUAGCAGCAGUCCGCGCGCGCGAAAGUUAUCGGCCAAGAUCACACGUGCGCAAAGUUUACGCAGAAAAGACAUGAACAUUCGGUCACUACUGUGCGUUUUCCUGUGGCUUGUAUUGAACAUUACCGGUCCAUUCAUCGCUGCUCUGGAGGAAGGAAACGUCUUGAACGGAGUCUUUGAUCAUUUUCUGGAGGAUCUAAGGGAUCUGUCAGAUGUCAAAAAACUCAACGUAAAGUUUUCUCUAAGAAAUCCGUCCCAACCAGAUGACGACGUCUGCUAUAUUGUACGUGGCAAAGCGGAAACUCUCAGCAGCUGCAACUUCAACCACACGUCAAAAACCAUUUUGGUUAUCCACGGCUGGACGGUGAGUGGACUGUUUGAGAGCUGGGUUGAGAAACUGGUCGCAGCGCUGUACAACCGUGAGAAAGAUGCUAACGUUAUCGUCGUGGAUUGGUUGGACACGGCACAGGAUCAUUAUGUGGUGGCGGCACAAAACACAAAGAUGGUGGGACGAGAGAUCGGACUCUUCAUAGACUGGAUAGAGGAAACAUCUAAUGUUCCUCUGGAGAACUUGCACCUCAUUGGCUACAGCCUCGGAGCACACGUUGCGGGUUUUGCAGGAAGUCACACUACAAACAAAAUCGGAAGAAUCACAGGUCUAGACCCUGCUGGACCAGAUUUUGAAGGGGUUCAUGCUCACGGACGACUGUCCCCAGAUGAUGCCCAUUUUGUGGACGUCCUGCACACAUUCACCAGAGGUUCUCUAGGUCUCAGUAUUGGAAUUGAGCAGCCGGUGGGUCAUGUGGAUAUUUACCCCAAUGGUGGAAGCUUCCAGCCCGGCUGCAAUUUGAGAGGAGCACUGGAGAAAAUGGCUAGUUAUGGAAUAUUUGCCAUAAAUAACGCCAUCAGAUGCGAGCACGAGCGGUCCAUCCACCUGUUCAUCGACUCGCUGCUGAAUGAAGAAGCCGCCGGCAGGGCCUACAGCUGUGGGAGUAAUGACAUGUUCGACCGCGGUGUCUGCCUUCAGUGUCGCAAGAAUGGCUGCAACACUGUGGGCUAUGACAUUAGCAAAGUCCGCAAGGCUAGAAGUGUCAAGAUGUUCACCAAGACACGGGGCUCCAUGCCGUUCAGAGUUUUUCACUAUCAACUGAAAAUCAACUUCGUUGGACAAAUAAACCAUUUAGAGAUGGAUCCGGCAAUGACAAUCUCACUUUAUGGUACCAUUGGUGAAACAGAAGAUCUGAAGCUGAGCAUACAAGAGAAGAUCACCAGCAAUAAGACUCACUCAUUUCUUGUCGUAACGGAGAAGGACAUCGGAGAUCUGCUGAUGCUGAAGUUAAAAAUGGAGGACUCCUCUUCCUCUUUACUCAAUCUGCUCUCGUCGUGGUGGUCUGGAGAUCCAACAGAUUCUGGUUUACGGGUCCAAAAAAUCAGAAUAAGAGCCGGGGAGACACAAAAAAAGAUGGUGUUGUGUUUGAAAGACCCCCAAACACCAGGUUUGGCUCAGGACUUUGUAUUUGUGAAAUGCAAGGAAUCGUGGAGGUCUUCAUCUAAAAGGUCCAAACUGAAGAGCCAUUGAAAUUAUUUAGGAGAUACUUUUCCAAAACACCUAUGUAUUUAUACAACUUAUUUAUUAUGAUCGCAAAUGCACUGACUGUACUGUAUUGAAUAUUUUUUGCUAUGAAUGUGAUUCAUGCACAUGGAUUGUAGACCUAUGUACGGUUGUAUGGUAUGGGCUUAAAAAGCCUCGAAAUGUGACGUUUAUUAAAUUAUAUUGGAUUUUUUUUGUAUUUCAACAUGUAA